GGGGUUUGACUCCUCACGAGCACGCAAGUCGCCCCCACCACCACCACCAGCUCUUCCUCCUCCACCUCUCGCAGGGAUUGUUCCGACAACUGAGGGGCAGAAGCGGGCCACCGACUGAGGAUUGGAAGUGUGGUUGCUUCGGGGGUCUUUGCGUGCUCGUCAACAUGCUGAAGACCCGGCAGUGUUUACUUGGCAUCCGCAUGUUUCUCGGCGUAACGUCGCGAAUAUGGGGCUUCAUCAUGUACAUCCUCAGGAAGCACCUACGGACGAUAAUCCAGUAUCAGACGGUGCGAUACGACACGUUGCCUCUGUCGCCUAUCUCCAGAAACAGACUCAAUGCAGUAAAGAGGAAGAUUCUGGUUCUGGACCUGGACGAGACGCUGAUCCACUCUCACCAUGACGGCGUCCUCAGACCCACAGUGAGGCCUGGCACGCCGCCAGACUUCAUCCUCAAAGUCGUCAUCGACAAGCAUCCAGUCAGAUUCUUCGUGCACAAAAGGCCGCAUGUUGACUUCUUUUUAGAAGUGGUGAGCCAGUGGUAUGAGCUGGUGGUUUUCACAGCCAGUAUGGAGAUCUAUGGCUCCGCAGUGGCCGAUAAGCUGGAUAAUAAUAGGAACAUCCUGAAACGCAGAUACUACCGGCAGCAUUGUACAUUGGAUCUAGGUAGUUAUAUUAAAGACCUGUCUGUAGUACACGAUGACCUGUCCAGUAUUGUCAUCCUGGACAACUCGCCUGGUGCUUAUCGUAGCCAUCCAGACAAUGCAAUACCCAUCAAGUCCUGGUUCAGCGACCCUAGUGACACAGCACUUCUUAACUUGCUGCCUAUGCUGGAUGCACUAAGGUUCACUGCUGAUGUUCGCUCCGUCCUUAGUCGAAACCUCCACCAGCAUCGACUGUGGUGAUUGACUGAAUCAAGAGGGGCGGGGCUUGUUGACCAGCCUCUUCCUCUCUGCCGCUUCCACCCUGCCCUCCGUUCCCACGCAGGCGACCCACCAGCCCUCUCUGAGCCUCUCAGACGUGUCCUGAGGAGAUGAGGGUUUGGGUGACCGCCUGACACGGGAUGAAAUGUACGGGAUCACCAGAGCCCAGAAACUACUGAGGGUGGGGGGGGGGGCAGCUUGUCUGUCUCUUUUUCUUCUUUUUGAUUCUUUAUUUGUAUUUUUCUUCUCCCCCCCCCCCCCCCCCCAAAAAAAACAAAACGGAGCCUCUCUGCCUUAUUGCUCCUGAUACUGACUAUUCGUAUUGGAGGUGAGCUUGUCUACGAGAGUCGGAGUUUGCUUGCUGAAUACGUUAACCCUUUUUAAACUUUUUUGAGAAUCAGGAGGGAGGGGGAGAGGGGGAACAACAAAGACAAUUCUACAUUAUUAUUUUUCUUUCUUCUCCAUCAUCAUCAGUCGUUGCACUUAAGCAGACAAUUUAUCAAUUUACUGUCUUAACCUCAGUGCAACCGAGCCAGGGAAACAGAAAACAACCGCCCCCCCCCCCCCUUUUCUUUUCUUUUUUAGAUCAACCUCACCCUUGGACGAUAAAUAAUUGAUUCCUGAGGUACGUUUAUUCUCCCUAACCAAGAAUGGAUCAACUUACAUGGUGAAAUCGAUGGACUUUUGCUUGCAACAUACCAUCCACAGGCAUUUUUCUGGACAAAUAGCCGAGCAGCCUGAGAUUCUUUUUGUUUUUCAGCCAUAACGUCACCGGUUUCCACAAAGCUCCAGGUGGAACUCUGAAAAAGACUUUACUGAAAAUGAGAGGGAAAAAAAGACUGGCUUGAAACGAUAUGUGGACUGCCGUGCCGCCUUUCCAUAUCUGAUUUUCUCUAUUAUGAUAUGUGAUAAUAUGACUUCUGCAAACCACAACAUUUCAUUCUCCCCCUUUCGCAAUCGGACGCCAUCCUGAUUUCAUUGAAUAGGAAUUGCACUUACAUUUUUUUUUUGUCCCCCUUCUUUUUUUUUUUUUGCAGUUGGUUUUGUAUUUGAUUCAAAUUUGCAGCCUUCCUCGUUCAGUUUCCACCCGCUCGGCUUCCUGUAUGGAUUCAACUAUUAGACCUUCUGUCUUUAAAUGCCUUCUGAACAAUGUCUUGUUGUCAAGGCUCACAACGGCUUCUUAUUGGCUCUGUCUCCAGGUCUGUUACUAAUAAAACACUUGUCAGUAUCGGCC